CAUUUUACGACAUACAUUGUUUACGAUCGCAACCACUGCAUACUCAUUUCAUUUUUCUUCAAAGAAGAUUUAGACUCAACACAUCGAUCAUGGCCGAUUCAGGCCGACAUAGUUCCUCAAAGUCUGGACGGAGGUCUGGCAGUGGUGUGAAGAAUACCAACUUAACAUCUGGAGGAAACACUUCUAGUAUACUGAGUAAGGAGGAGGAGUACAAGAGACUGAAUGCUGAGUUGGAGGCAAAAACUGCAAGUCUUGUCAGAGAAGCAGAGGAAGUAUUGAAAGAGCAGGAUGCUGUGUUUUCUCAUCCCAGCUUACUAGACAACAUCAACACGGAGGACUUCUUAGAUGACUAUGAUGAAGAAAUUGAUGACGGGCCAUCACCGACGCCACAGUCCAGACCCAGUUCCAAAUUGAUAAAUCAGAAUCGCUCAUCAAGUACAGCAAACCAGAAUAGACCAACUUCAGCCAAUCAAAGCAGAUCAGGUUCAGCCAAUCAGAGCAGACCAAGUUCAGGCACACAAAGUAGACCACAUUCAAAAACAAAGAAAACUGGUUCAGCAAGAUCUCGGGGUCGGAGCGCAAAGUCUAAUGUAUCGGAUAAUGUCGCAGUCCCUGAUGAAGCAUUCAUCACAGAAUGUAAAGAAUUCUCCAAGCAGACGAUCCUUAAUACCAUCACAAACAUUGAGGAUCGCCUUGACACAGACAGUGACAACGAAGAUGACGAUGAUAUUAUACCACAGGCCGCCGCUGAUAUGGGCUCUGAGGCCACCAUUCGUUUCCUGAAGGCUAAGUUACGAGUGAUGCAGGAGGAACUGGACAGACUGGCACAGGAAUGUAAUAAAAAGGAUGAACAAAACAACAGCAUAGGUAGCAGGAUUAAGGAACUUGAAGAUGAACGUGGCAGACUUCACCGGACAAAUGCCUCACAGCAGACUCAGAUAGACAAAUACAAGAAGAUGGCAGAGGAUGCUAAGACAAAAUCUGACAGUUCUGAAUCACAGCUUGUGUCUCUUAGGAAGGAACUUGAGCAGAUAAAGAGAACACAGAAACAACAGUCCUCAUCUCAGUCUGCCACUGAAGUAAGACUCAAUCGAGCUUUAGAAGAGAUUGAGAAACAGAAGGAACAACUUUUACGCUCCAAAUCAUCAUCAAAGGAAUCCACGGAGCAGGAGAAACACAGAGUCGACCAGCUGAUAGCAGUCAACAAACGGCUGGAGAAACAGAAAAAUGAACUCAUGGCCGGGUUUAAAAAACAGCUGAAACUUAUUGAUAUUCUUAAAAGACAAAAGAUGCACAUAGAAGCUGCGAAGAUGUUGUCAUUUUCAGAAGAAGAAUUUGUCAAAGCUCUAGAAUGGGGCAGUUAGUUUUGAAAAUCAUUCCUAUUUUUAAUUGUUGGAGGCUGUGGGUGGAAUAUUAGAUGUUAAUUUAUGUAAGAAAUACAAAACACAAAUCAGCUAUUUGUGAUGAAUUUUAAGUUAAAUAAACUACAAAAUGUUAAAGGUAAACUUUUAUAUUUUAUCUUUUGACAAGAAAAAUUGCUGAAGAUACAGUUUUCACUAAAGUUUUAAAACAGAUGACUUUAAGAAUCCGAAGGUUGAAUGAAUACAUUUCAACCUGUAACAAAAUAACAAUGGAGGCAAUGAAAAAA